AGCGGCGAUUGUACGCAUCCUUCACACCUUCGUCCACAGCUAUUUGGCUUCGACCGCUUUUGUUAACGAAACCGAGCACCUCGGGGGCCGUCUGCCAACCCGCCGGUCUUCGCGUUGUCAGGCCACGGAGCCUUGCACCCGAGGGAUGGUCUUCCCGCAGCGCUCACCCGCACGUUCCACAUGCGACCCCGAGUUCCCUGGAGAGAAGGAGGCAUGGCUCGUGGCCGCGGAUCCAUGCAGCCGAGAGGUGGCAUUCCCGCAGCGCGCGCCCGCCAACUCCGCGUGCGACCCCGAGGUCCCCAGUGAGAAGGGGGCCCAGCUCGUGGUGCCCAGGAUCGGGGGACGACCUCCAUGCGGCCGCGAAUGGCCUGGGCGGACAUGGGCUCGGACAGCGAAUGCGCCAGCUUCGAAAAGCGGGCGUCGGAGGUGUCGACGCAGCCAGGCAGCAGUUGCCGCAGCGUCGGGCUCGCCAGCCUGGCGCCGCUGGACGGAGGCGACAGCGGCGGCCUGCCCGGCUGGACGCGCGGUCACGUCGAGCUGGUCGAAGGAGGCGGUCCGACGCGCGGCUCGGCCCAGGCAUGCACGGGCCAGUCGAGCAGCCCCGUGGUGACGCCGCACCGGUGGAAGCUCAAGAACCGAAAGGUCUAUGAGCGCGACGGGAAGCUCGGCAUUUGGCUCGGCGCCAGCGCGGAGGCCCCUUCCGCGGCGCGGCCCGGCGAGGGCGGCGACUCGUGGGCGGCCACGCCGUGCGGCACGGAGUGGUUGGCGCCGCGGCGCUUCGGGCCUGGAGCCGCUCCGUCGCGCCACGGCGUCCGGCAGCUGCAGGAGACCGAGGAGAGUGCCGAGCUUACGCGGCCAAGUUUAAGCGUACAGCCGAUGGGCAACUUCGUUUUACCUCGGAGUGGCCGCGGCGACGCGGACGACGAGGGGCUGGUUUCAGGGCCUCACAUCCCGCUGGGCGAGAGCGGUGAGUUCGCAUCGGUGGGAUCCCUCAAGCACGUCGAGGGUUCCUGUAAGCCGUGCGCGUUCGUGUACACCCCGAUCGGUUGCAAGCUGAACGUGCGGUGUGCGUUUUGCCACGUGCUUCACAGAAGGAAGGAAAGACGGAGGCUGGGGAAGAAGAAGCGAGAACGCUACCAAGACUUGGUCUCCCAGGUCGUUCGCAGCAACCAAAGGCAAGAGGCGGACUGGGAGUGCCACUGGCAGACGGGGCGGUGCCGGGAUAGUCUGUCGAGGUGGGGGCUAUCGCGGCGCGAUGAUGCCGAGUUUCUACCCGACAUUUGGUGCAAAUCUGUAACUGAUAUGUAGUCCAUUGUUAAUAUGCCUCCACAUGGAGCGUUCCAGCACUAAACCAUCACUCGAUUGGACAUCGUCUCCGUGUCGGCACUCCGUCUAGCCAACGCAGGCACCGAUGGGAUACGUCAGAACGCGCCGUAUGCACGUUUAGAUAUAGGUUCAAGGGGCGCGCAUCUGCGCUUGUCCUGGGCACCGUUCGGCCAAAUGCCGAACGCUUCAAUUCAGGAAGGGCGCGCGUGUGCUGAUCGUGGACACCGUUCGGCCAAAUUCUGUACAGGGAUUUGGCACUGUGCCAGUGCCAGGGCCUCAACGCGGUUUUGUUUUGCUAUAUUCAGAACGGUUUGCAUCGUUCGUCCGAAGGCGUGCGUCGACUGAAUGUCGCCAUGAUUUGACACGGCGUGGUCUCAACCUAUUUGUCGAUUGAGGAGCAUUUUCCGAAUCGAUAUUGCAGAGUUCUUCUGCUAAUCGAUCAGAUACGGGUUCCGUCGUGUCGUGUUGACAGCGGAUGCUUGCACGCCUGCCCUGUUUCAGUGUUCCAGCAGGCGUCGCAGCAACGAGCAUCAAGAUGCUCGCAUGAGCUGCCAGGCACGAAGGGUACCGUGGAUGCAUCUGCUUGUGUUCGUCACGGUGGAGGCAAAGAAUCGCCCGCCAUCAGCGCGGCGGAUCAGCGGGUUGCCGACAGGGCAGGAGUAGCGAGUAUUUUCAGUCAUCGAGUCUACGCUACACGUCUGGUGUAAUGAUUUCAAGUAUCCACGGGUAGAGUCAAGUUCGUCCGAGGGCGAAUUUUUCACGCGUCGCGUCUCAGCGCCAGCCCGUUCAGAAACCCUAGGAAAGGCAGAACUCGUUAGACCACCUACGCCCAGAGGGUUGGUGGGAUUCGUGUCUUUCGGCACCCUUGCAUGCUUCGCUCGAUACUUGUAUAUCACAUCCCAAUUCUAGGGCCCAGCGUCCUGAUACUCGCCCGUAUUCCCGAAUCCGUCAGCAAUAGGUGUGGGUCCCACUUGAGAUUUCAAGCUCUCCGAUAAUUUGGGCGCGCGAUUUUCGCUGCUCGCGCUGCUCACCUUCACCACCCCCUGUGACCGCCGCUCGUGCUCGUGAUCUCGUCCCGUUCCUGCUCGUCCUUCUCACUCACGUAUGCCCGAGAGCGGCAACAAUAGUUUGCACCCCGCGUGAAAUCUGGUUUCUGCAUCUGUCGACCGCAGCUCCGUCAAUGGCAGGGCAUCGUGCUGAUAUGGCACCGAGGUCGAAUGUGUUGCAGAUGUGGUAAGGAGUUGGUUACGUCCGCCCAUGUGGUUGGAUACCACAGGGUUGCGAUCCCUACAUAAGUUGUCCAGAACCGCGAUACUGACAAUAUUGUCUGCUCAGCCGCGACUGCAUGACACCCUCCUAGGGGACAGGGUUCGGGAUCACCUAUCCCGUUGCAUCCUGAGGCAUGGAGCGCAACAGAAAA